AUCCACCAUGCUAUCCUUUCUGCGCGCUCAACCCCCUCCCCGAAUCAACCGGGCCUCCCAAAACCCCAUUGUGUAUGAAAAUGGCCGCUCCUCCGUCUCCUUCUACGCCUCGCACGAGGACUACGUCUUCCGCACGACCCUGCCACCACGCGACAACGACAUCUCCAUCAUGGAGCCCCCCUUCCACUAUCACAUCCACCAAACCGAGACCUUCCGCGUCGUAAUGGGCAGCAUGAACCUGUACAAAGGCGUGGACCCGAAACCCUGGAAACAGCUGACGGCUACCACUACCACCACCAACGACGACGCUGGAAACCAUCAACCCACCGCGACGAUCCCGCCCAAGACGUACCACCGCCUGCAAAACGCCUCCGCCACCGAGGAACUCGUCUUCGACGUCAGGCUUUCCCCCGUGGACUACGAGGUCGAGGAGCGCUUCUUUCGCAAUUUCUUCGGGUACCUGGACGACUGCAAGAUCGCCCAGCAGGCGCCGAGCCUGUUCCAGCUGAUGGUGUUCCUGCAUGCGGCGGAUAUCCCGCUCGCGUUGCCGUUGCCGUGGCAUGGGCUGGGAGUGAUUGUGAGUCGGGUGUUCACGAUUGUGGUGGCGGCGUGGGGCAGGUGGAUGCUUGGGUAUCAGGUUUCGUAUCCUGAGUAUUAUCAGGGGAAGAAGGGUUUAUAAGGAGAGGCCGUGCUUUGUGAAGAGGGGUUGGGCUGUGUCAGAUGCAAUGUGUAAUUGAUCAUACUUGUUAUUUGCGGGUGGCCUAGCUGGAGUUCUUCUGAAUAUGUUUUCCUUUGGGUCUGUGGAUAUAGUGCUGUGGGGGAGAGUGUAUGAAAUGCUGUCUGAGUCUUGUCACAGAAACUGCUGAGUCCCAUCAUGCGAGACGAAGGUGCCGCCGUUUCCGUUCUGAACACUAGCUCUGUGCAUCACUGAGAGCACGUCUCGCUCGGCUGCUUCGGGGGUACUGGGGCCGCGGAAAUGCGGGGCGUACUCGCGAAAAGCCGUGAGCAUGCCUGCCAGGCCUCGCAUUUGCUCGGGAGUCG